AUGUCGAUGCCAAUGCCCGGCCCCAUGCAGAUGGGCCCCAACGGGCAGCCCAUGCCCUCGCCUGAACAGAUCGCAGCCAUGCGCAGACAAAUAGAGGCAGACGCUGCAAAGGCCGGGAUGACUGUCCCUGACUUCCUCAACCAUCUCCGACAGCAAGCUAUGCAGCAACAACAGCAACAGGCGCGACUUGCGCAGCAACAGCAGGGCGGCGAGGGCGGCGGCGGAGAGGGCGACCACGAGCAUGGCCCUGGCGACCACGCGCAUGGCCCUGGCGACCACGAGCAUGGCCCUGGCCACCAGCACCCUCACCCUCAGCAACAACAACAACAGGCGCAGGGUCAGCCUCAGCCCAUUCAUCCUGGCCCCCCCAACCCCGUUGCGCUGGCACUCGCCAGCUUCCUGCGCAGCCAGGACCUGAAGCCGCGUACUUGUAUCCUGAAUGGAGAGCGCAAGGACAUGUUUAAGGUGAAGCGAGCAUUGCGCGCUCUCCAGUCCCCCGCCUACGAAACGGCGCGUAAGAAGAACCCCGCUCUUCCCGAGAUCACCGACCGUGCCUCUCUCGAGAAUACCUUCAAGCUGCUCCCCAUGUCGAUGCUUGCUCUGCGCGUAAUCAAGAUCGACCCGCACGAAGGCCACAACCACGGCCCGAAGAAGACGAAACGCAUCAAAGGUCUUUGGACCGUCCGCAUCGAACCUCAGCAAGAGGCCAAGGAGGAAAUGUACUACGCAUGGUUCUGGGAGGGCAGCCAGGUCAAGCGCAAGCUCUACUCGAUUCUCGCUCUCGUCCUCAUCUUCAUCGUCGUUUGCUACCCUCUCUGGCCGCUGAAGCUCCGUCUCGGUGUUUACUACCUCAGUUGGGGAUUCCUCGGCCUGCUCGGUCUAUUCUUCCUCAUGGCCAUCUUCCGUGUUAUCCUCUUCUGCGUCACCUACUUUGUUGUAUCACCCGGCCUCUGGUUGUUCCCCAAUCUUUGGGAGGAUGUGUCCUUCGUCGACAGCUUCAAGCCCGUUUGGGCAUGGCAUGAUACUGCUCCUAAGAAGGGCAAGAAGAAGAAGUCCGCGCCUGGAGCCGCAAGCGCUAGUGGCACGUUCGCUGCUUCUACUGGUCAACCUCUUCCGGCUUCUGCGACGACGACCGCGACCGAGACUCAGAUUGCGUCGCAGCCGUCGCAGCGCCCUGGCUAUGUUGCGCCAGCUGUGGAGGAGCUUGGUGAUGAUGAGGAGUAA